CCACCGAGGCGGUGCUGUCCCCGAGCGAGCUGCGGGAGUGAGGGUUCAGAGAUGGGCAGUGAGAAGGAGCCGAGUCCAGAAGCACAUGUGCCUGAGGAAGGAGAAGGGGGAAAGCCUUGGAGAGUGGAUGGCUCCGAGGGUUCUCGGAUCGCAUCUGGGGAGGAAUGUGGGCAGGGGAGUCUGUCGAAGGGGCUCGGAGGAACACAUCCAAAAAAGCCGCCGCUGAGAGCCCCUGCCCAAGCUGGAGGCCCCGGGGACCCCAUUACUUUCUCAAACCCGGAGGCAGAUAAGAAGCCUUUUAUGUGUGCACAGUGUGGCAAGACCUUCAACAACACCUCCAACCUGAGAACACACCAGCGGACCCACACCGGCGAGAAGCCAUACAAGUGUUCCGAGUGCGGCAAGAGCUUCUCCCGAAGCUCCAACCGCAUCCGGCAUGAGCGGAUACACCUGGAAGAGAAGCACUACCAAUGUGCCAAGUGUCAGGAGAGUUUCCGGCGGCGCUCGGACCUCACCACCCACCAGCAGGAUCACCUGGGCGAACGGCCGUACCGCUGUGACAUCUGUGGCAAGAGCUUCGGGCAGAGUGCCACGCUGGCCGUGCAUCGCCGAACCCACCUGGAGCCAGCACCUUACAUCUGCUGCGAGUGUGGGAAGAGCUUCAGCAACAGCUCCAGCUUCGGGGUGCACCACCGUACCCACACGGGUGAGAGGCCUUAUGAGUGCGCCGAGUGUGGGCGGACUUUCAGCGAUAUCUCCAACUUCGGCGCACACCAGAGAACGCAUAGAGGGGAGAAGCCGUACCGGUGCACGCUGUGCGGGAAACACUUCUCCCGCAGCUCCAACCUCAUCCGGCACCAGAAAACACACUUGGACGAGCAGGACGAGAAAGAUUCUAGCUAAACGGGAGCCCUGCUCAGAGAGUCAGGGAGCGCAUGUCGCCCACCUUGAUGGGAGAAAGAGGCCUUUAGCACCUGGACUGCAAACCCUUCACUUUGUGGAAUGGUCCCUUGUUGCCUUUGAAGUCAGGAAUUCCUGAGACGGGGCUGAGUAAAAUCCCGCCUCUUCCCAGCAGUCUCCUGCCUUGGAAAAUGAGUGUCCCAUCUUCACUUCCUCAGGGGUGGGGGAAGUGGGAUAGGCUCAGGACAUGCUCUUAUCACUGGGGCAUCUGUCUCCUGGCUGUGGGGGUGGUACCCGAGAUGGCAUCACUGCCUGCAGGUCCUCCAUGGUGUGAGCCACACUGCAGUGGCCUGUGAGUUCCUACCUGCUGUGCCUCUUCCCUCCUCGGCUUCUAGAGCGCCAGGCUGGGAGGGCCCUCUUUGGUCUGAGAAGAGGCUAGUGGUCCUUCAGUGAAAAUGAAAAGGAAGCCUCAGGGAUCCACAAUCCAGGGACCUCCACACUCCCAUGUUUGUUACCUGCUUUCCUCAUCCCACCUUGCAUCUGUCUCCUUAGUGACUGCCAGUAAAGCACUUCAAUCUAAAGGACCUGUGUACUUAUUUGGGGACAUGGGGAGCCAGGGAGAUUGUUCCAGGGCAGCCAUUCUGCAAUGAAGUUGAAUUCCAAGACAGGUGGUGGCUCCUCUGAAAUGCUAAGGACAGCAGGCGGAGCCUCUGGAGAUUUUAAAGAGGAGGAGACAGAGGAAAUGAGUCACUUGGAUGUCCCCUACAGGCUGUUGGUUUUACAUGCCAUGUGCUAUCUCAUUCAGUUGCCACAGAAACCC